GCAAUGGCUUACAUCUAUGCUUCGACAAGAACUAUCCUUUUCUUAUCUCGCUCAACCACCAAACUCUCCCUUUUCCCUUUCAAACCCUCUUCUUCUUCUUCUUCUUACCCUUCCUUCACUCUCCAUUUCACCAGAACCAAAUGCACUCUCCAACCUCAACCUCAAACUCUGCUUCGCCGCAACGUCGUCGAAGUCCUCGAAGAGCGCGGCCUCCUCGACUCCACCACCAACGACUCCACCCUGAGAUCCUCCGCAGCACCAUCGCCGUCAUCUUUCUCCGGGGCCGCUAAUUGCCCGCCUUUGAAGGUCUACUGCGGCUUCGACCCCACUGCAGAGAGCCUCCACCUCGGCAACCUCCUCGGAAUCAUCGUCCUCUCCUGGUUCCACCGCUGCGGCCACCAACCCCUUGCCCUCAUCGGCGGCGCCACCGCUCGCGUUGGCGACCCCUCCGGCAAGUCACUGGAGCGGCCGGAGCUCGACGUUGCCACACUAGAGAGGAACACGGCAGGUAUAUCCCAAACUAUCAAACAAAUUCUAGGUCGCUCUCUGAAUUCGAACUUGGAAGGUUCUAAGGUUGUGAUUUUGAAUAACUAUGACUGGUGGAAAGAGUUUAGUUUGUUAGAAUUUUUGAAGAAUGUUGGUAAGUAUGCUAGGGUUGGGUCUAUGAUAGCUAAGGAGAGUGUUAGGAAGAGAUUGGAAUCUGAACAAGGAAUGAGUUAUACUGAACUCACCUACCAGUUGUUGCAGGGAUAUGAUUUCUUGCACUUGUUUCAGAAUGAGGGUGUGAAUGUUCAGAUUGGGGGGAGUGAUCAGUGGGGGAAUAUAACUGCUGGGACUGAGUUGAUUCGGAAGAUCUUGCAGGUCGAGGGCGCUUAUGGACUUACAUUCCCUCUUUUGUUGAAGAGUGAUGGUACUAAGUUUGGAAAAUCGGAAGAUGGCGCGAUUUGGCUUUCACCUGCGAUGUUAUCACCUUACAAAUUUUAUCAGUAUUUUUUCACGGUUCCAGAUGCAGAUGUUAUUAGGUUUUUGAAGAUUCUCACGUUUUUGGAUAUUGAGGAGAUAGUUGCAUUGGAAGGGGAGAUGAAGAAACUGGAUUAUGUGCCUAAUACUGCUCAGCGCAGACUUGCUGAGGAAGUUACAAGGUUUGUUCACGGAGAGGAGGGUUUGACUGAGGCACUUAAGGCUACAGAAGCAUUGCGGCCGGGAUCUGAGACAAAGUUGGACUGGAAAACUAUCGAGGGAAUAGCUGAGGGUGUACCAUCUUGUUCUUUGGCUUAUGACAGUGUUUUGAACUUGUCAUUGGUAGAUCUUUCGGUCUCUUCUGGUUUGUUUGAGAGCAAAUCUGCCGCGCGCCGCUUGUUGAAGCAAGGGGGUCUUUACUUGAACAAUAACAGAGUGAAUAGUGAAAAUAAGAGGAUCGAGGAAGCAGAUAUAGUGGAUGGGAAAGUUCUCCUUUUAUCUGCUGGCAAAAAGAAUAAGGUGCUCGUCAGAAUAGCAUGACCGGGAAUUCUUAGAUAGCUGAAUAUUCUUUGAUGACUAUUUCACUUGUAUGUCUGAGUUGGAGCGUUAGACUUCAAAAUUUGUUCUUGAUUUCAACUAUCCUAUUGCAUCUUCAUUGCUGAGAGGUGAGAGCUCAUAUAUCUGGGGUGCUAUACUAUAUAAUGGGUUCACAUACUUCCAAGUUAUACACAUGCUGAACAAUGCAACCCGAGUAUGUAUCUAAUUUUGCUGAUUUUGUCAAACAAAGAAGAAACAACUUGUAUAGCAAGUUUUUGAGACUUUUUAAUGUUUCUUGGCAAAUUUUACAGAUGGCAGUUGGUAUGUCAGGCCAACCUUAUGCAUCAGAUGCACGGGAUAACAUGAGGGCUCUAAAUCGCUGGGGAUACUAUCCACUGAUUCUAAUAGGAUCAUGGGCUUUUGGAACUAUUAACCGUAUCCAUGAUUUCUUUGAACCCAACCAUAAGAUCUUCUGGCUCUCAUUUCUAGAUGUCGGAGUGGCUUCUCUUAUGGGCCUCUUUAAUUCAAUUGCAUAUGGGCUUAAUUCUUCUGUUCGUCG